AUGCUUCGAAUAAAACUGUCAAUUUUGAUCUUUACUUGUCUACACGUCGGUUUCUGCGCUGAUUCUGUAAGUUCUUAAUUUGAAUUUUCAAAAUUUUUUAAAAUUAAAUUUUAAAAAAUUUAAAAAUUAAAAUUUUUUUUUAUUUUCAAAAAUAAAAAAUUUUUCGAAAAAAAAAGUUUUCAGUACAGAAACUGUCGAGACUACCAAGAAGCUGGUGACAAAGAAACUGGCAGUAUAAGACCCAUAGCCAUUGAUCACAAGAAGUACGAAGUCAUUUGUGAUCAAGAUACCUAUGAAGGAGGCUGGACUAUAAUCCAACAACGAGUGGAUGGAACUGAACCUUUUUGGAAUCGGACUUGGAAAGAGUACAAACAUGGGUUUGGGACGCUUGAUAUGGUAAGUAUAGUACUCAAGUUGGUCUUAGCUUCAACUGAACAUAGGCAGAGGGCCAUUUCUAUCCUAUACCCCCCAAAAUUUUUAAAAUUUUUGGUGACUUUUAAUCAUAAAACAACAUUUUAGAGCUCCAGCUUCUAUGCUGGCAAUGAUCUGAUUCAUGACUUAUCAACUCAGUACGAUGGUUAUGUUACACUACGUAUUGAACUAUAUGGAGAUCAAAAACCUCGUAGUCUUCACGCUAAUGACUUUUAUUUUCAGCAUUACAACUUUUCUGUAAGUAAUAACUGCCCUGCCUUACCCUACUCAACCCUACCUUACCUAAUCCUACCCUAUCUCACACUCCCCUACCCUACCACACACAACUCUCCUGUACCUACCCUACCCUACUCUAUCUUACCCUACCCUACCAUAAUAACAACCACACAUCUUUCAGAUCGAAUCAGAAGAAGAGUUUUACAAAAUGAAAAUAUGGCUAGACUGGGCAGUUAUAGUAGGUAACGCCAGCUCAGGUUGGUACGACAUUACCUACAGCAACAAUGUGCCAUUCUCAACAUUAGAUCGAAUUUAUGACCCAAACCCAAAUUGUGAAUACACUUUUAAAAUGGGGUAAACAUUUUAAAUUAAAUUAAUCUUCUUAUUAACAACUCAAAAAAGUUUUGUCGCUUUUUAACGUUCAAAGCAAUGCAAAAUGACGACAAGACUUUCUUCACUGUUAAAAAAUCAAAAAAAAUAAUAAGACUCACGUUUCAGAGGUUGGUGGACCCAUUACUGUGGUGUAGCAUCUCUAAAUGGUCAAUACACUCCACAGAAUGGUAACUUUGGCAAUGGAUAUGGCAUGUUCUACACCAUCCAGGGACUUUACACCAUCAACCCGAUCAGGACCAGGAUGUUGAUCAAAGACAAUAGACAAAGUGAAACGCCUGACGAAAAAGUUUUAAAAUUUAAAAUUUUUAGAAGAGUUUGGACCUUUUUUUAGAUAAUAAAACAAGUUAUUGGCAAGAUUUUUCUAUUUUUUAUUCCGCGCUACAAUAUUGUUUUGGUCCUACGACGAAAACGAAGAAUGCAAAAAGCUUGUGGCAUUCCGUUUGAUUCGCAAAAAUAUUAUAAUUUCUUGCUUUGAAUUGUUAUUCUGUGAAAUAUUGGCUAGUAAAAUUAGUUGUAGCUUUAGAUACCAAAAAAAUCAAAUAGUUGUUAUACUACUAAGUAAAACAGUUUUGCUAACAAAAAUUGUUUUAUUGGCUCAAUUUGAGCAGUUUAGCUAACUUAUUGUGUUAUUUAUAUAACUUUUGGUGUUUAUUAAUUUGUUUUCUAUAAUUUGUUAUCUAUAUAUUGUUAUUUACUUUAAUGGACAGUUCAGUUGACUUUCUUGAUGUUAGACAAGCAGUUUCGGCACUUGUGGCUCGUCCUGAAGAGCUGAUAAAGCUUUUACGUGGCCAACCAUCGGCUUUGUAAGUUCAACUUUUAUAUUUUAACGUUAUUGGCUUCAAAUUUACAUUUUUAGUGAUGGAAUUAAAAACGAAGCAUCAUUAGUGGCUAUUGAAUGCCUGAAGAAGUUUUACAAGAACUUAAGGAAGGAAAUUGUGGUUAACAAUGGAGUAUUGGUCAAGGAUUCUGAUUGUUUAUGUUUCUUGGACUACAAAGCUGGAGAAACAUGUGAUCAACUGAUUGAUAGGAAAAGUAAGUAUCUUUAUUUUAUGUUUUUAUUCUUUAGUGGCCAAAUAUGGCGAUCGACAUUCGAAAAAGGAUCGAAAGAUGAGGAACAAGAAGGGAAAAGAUGGUUUGAAAGUUUAUGGAGGAGAAAGAUAUGUUAAUGGAGGUAUAACUUAUGGAGGAGAUGCUGAUGAAGGUGUAGAACAUCAAAGAAAGAUUGAUACAGCUAUAGAACGAAGAAAACAUGUUGAGGAAGGUAUGAAACAUAGAAGAAACCUUAUUAAACCUCUAAAACAAGGAAAAGACGUUAAAUUAGGUACAAGCUUAGUUGAGAAAGCAGGAGAAGAAAAUGAGGAAGAGUUUCGUGAGGAAUCUUCUGAUAGUAGCAGCGUUACAAUCACAAUAAGUGGAAAAGAUGGUUCUAGCAGUCCUAGUACUCGAACAUCAAGAAGAUCUUCUGAAAAUCAACGAAAAUUAGUUUUGGUAAGUUAUAAUAAACUAUUUUUAAUUUUAGUUUUUUUAAUUCUGAAGGUUUAAAACAAUAUUUCAGAGUCCUUUAUCCUCAAAAAGAAAUCCUCAACCACUUCUUGUUCAUUCAAAAGAUCUCAUAGAUAUUGACCAAGAGUCUGAUGUCAGAAAUAAUCAAUUUGAAAAGCAGAACGAGAGUGUUCAUGUUGAUCGAGCUUGCAGUCCAAUCAAUGAAUAUUCACCAUCAUAUCAAGAAAGUUCAAGACGAGGUUUUUAUUCAGGAGUAAGGGCGGAUAAGAAGGCAAUACAUUCUAUUCAAGUUCAAACAGAGGUUCAGCAGGUAAGGUUUUGGCGCUUUUUGAGGAUUUGACGAGGGGUGGGUGCGGUGGUUUCCUGAAAGUUGCUACUGACUAUGUUAAGGUUUAGAGAGGACGGUUCUUAAGACGGGAGGGGUAAAAAAAUGAUUUAGAAGAGGGGCCGUCAAAUGUAAAAAAAAGUUAGGGCGGGGUAAAAGUUUUUUUUUAAUUUUGGGCAGGGUAAAAAAUUUAGGGCGGGGUUAAAAAAAUUUUUUUUUCACGGCUGUUUUUUUUUACCAAUAACAUUUGCAGGUCGAAGCCUACACAGUAAUAUCCCACCAAGCAGUCCAAACCUCAUUGACCAGUACCAGUACUCCAAUAUCCUCCUUCUCUUCCUCCAAGACCAGCACAUCCUUUAUAUCAUCGGAAAGUUCGGUUGGUCAAGUGUCACUGCGAAGAAUAAUCGAAACUAGAAGGCGGUUCAACGUUCUUACAGUUGGGACAGAUGGAGUUGUGCAAACCAAUGGGUUUUCGGGUUCUAGUACGCCAGUUAGGAGUGGCAUCAGACGGAGAUUAAGUGGUGAUGCUGCUAGCGAUGUGAGUUUGGAUGGCUUAUUUAGGUCGAAAAAAAAUUUUUGUGGAAGUUAUUGUACAUAAUUGGGUACACUGCCAUAUGAAAACAUUGAAUAAUGGUUUGAAUUCUUUUCAAACUUCUAUUUUUUGAUUUUCACCUACUAUAAUAUUAUAUAAACAAUAUUACUUCAGGACACAAACCGAACAAAAAUAGUGGAAUCAGCGUUGCAUAUACAGCUACCAAGUCAUACCGAAACUCCACUAGUGGCUUCAGAAGAAUCGAUACGAAGUGAUUCGGUUAGACGACCGCGAAUCAUCGAAAUCGACCAAGAAGUUGAUGUAGAUAGUGAUAAUGAUGAGAUUAAUGGCGAGAUAGAACAAUUAAAGUUGAGUAGCAGAGAAGAGGACGAAGAUGUAAGCACUCUGAAUCAAAUAUCACCUUUACCUACUACUGGUUGA